AUGGAGCUGUCAUCUUCAGGGGUGCUGGUUGCACGCUGUAUUCUUGGAGCCUGUUCACUUCCUCUGGUAUUCACUUAUCCCUUGAUUAGGAGGUUCACAUGUUGGCCUCAAGCCUAUCUUGGAUUGACCAUCAAUUUGGGAGCUUUGCUAGGAUGGGCUGCUAUCAAAGAAAGCUUAGAUUAUGCGAUUAUCCUUCCAUUGUACACUGCUAGUAUCUGUUGGACACUGGUAUAUGGCACUAUCUAUGCACAUCAGGAUAAAGAAGAUGACCUCAAAGUAGGAGUCAAGUCCACGGCCUUAAGAUUUGGAGAUAUGACCAAGUACUGGAUUAGUGCCUUUGCUGCUGCUUGCAUUGGCAGCUUAGCACUCAGUGGCUACAAUGCUGACAUUGCAUGGCCCUACUAUCUUUUUCUGACAACUGCAGCUGCACAGUUGGCAUGGCAGAUCUCAAUUGUCGACUUAUCUAACCGUUCAGAUUGCAACAGGAAGUUUGUGUCAAAUAAGUGGUUUGGAGCUUCGGUAUUUGCUGGAAUUCUAUUUGGGCUACUUGUAUCAUGA